AUGUCUUCUGGGUUAGGAGCCGAAGAACUCGAAACGCCCAUCCUGUGCGAAGCUUGUCUCGGCCCGAACCCGUAUAUUCGCAUGACCAAGGACAGUCAAGGCAAGAUCUGCAAGGUAUGCACACGACCAUUCACAGUGUUUCGCUGGAAUCCUGGUGCUGGCUCCCGCUUCAAGAAGACCGAGAUCUGCACCACCUGUGCCAAGGCCAAAAAUGUCUGUCAAACGUGCAUUCUGGACUUGCAGUAUGGCUUGCCCGUCCAGGUGCGCGAUGCAGCAUUGGGGAUGAAGACAAGCACACUCACGUCGGAGAAGGCGAAAAAGUAUGCGGCGGAUGUGAUGGAUAAGCAGUUGGAAGCAGCCACGAGCAGUGGCAUGGGAGCGUCGAGUCGGGCGGGGCAGGAGCUGUUGCGGAAAGCGGCGAGGAAGGAGAUCGAUUACAAACGCGAUCGUCCACCGUCGUCAUUGUCGUCACAGAAGCUCUGCUCGGCAUUUGCCAGGGGCAACUGCGAACGCGGUGAUGCGUGUCCCUUCAAACACGAGCUGCCUGCAGACGACUCCCUACUCGCAGCACAAGCACCCUCGAACAGCAUCCACCCACCACCGCCAUCAGCACCAGCACCAGCACCGUCAACUAGACCGAUCAAACCAGCGUCCUCACCUUCAGGCUUGCCUCCUCCACAAGACCCCGCCAUCCUCUCCCUCUUCAUCUCCUCGCUCCCACCCACAGUCACCGACGCCUCCCUUCGCCAGUUCUUCCUCGACCUCACCCCACACCUCCAACCCGACCACAUCAAAUCCAUCACGCUCGUCCCCACCUCCAAGUGCGCAUUCGUCAACUUUCGCUCACGCCAACACGCCGAGCUCGCCGCGCAGCAGUGUUCGCCCAAGAUGCUAUGGGCCGACCACGAGGUCAGGUUGACGUGGGGCAGAAGUAGACCUGCCAAGAAGAAGGCUGGCGAGGGGGAGGCGUCGGCGCCCGCGUGA